AAGACUUUGUCGUUAGAUAUAAACGAUGGUGAGGUGUACACAAUGACACAUGUUGCAAAGUAGUUCGUGAAUAAACUGUGUGUAUUGAUUUUUAUCUAUUGAUUUUUUGUUACUUCCAGCUGGAACAAUGACAGGGCUCAUCAAACAGAAACAGUAUGACUGGAAGGACUCGAACCUUGCACUGUUCGGAUCAAAAGAAGAACGAGAUGUUAAGAAAUCGUCAGCUGCUUGUGAAAAGGCUUGGAAGACAGCAGGAUUGAAACCCGGGAUCCAAAUAUGGCGAAUAGUGAACUUCAAAGUUACUAAAUGGCCAGAGGAGGAUUAUGGGAAAUUUUACGAUGGAGAUUCCUACAUUGUAUUGAAUACUUACAAGAAGGAAGAUUCUGAUGCUCUUCUUUACGAUGUCCAUUUUUGGAUCGGAAAAUACAGCACCCAGGAUGAGUACGCUACAGCAGCUUAUAAGACAGUGGAACUGGACACCUUCCUUGAUGAUGUUCCUGUCCAACACAGAGAAGUUCAAGGUCACGAAUCUCAGCUCUUUAAAUCCUACUUCAACCCGAUUACGUAUCUUCACGGUGGUGCCGAAAGUGGUUUCCGUCAAGUCAAGCCAGAGCAAUACACACCCAGACUAUUCCAUUUCCAUGGAGACAAGUUUGGAGUUAUGGUCAAAGAAAUUCCACGCAUGGAGAAGUAUAUAGAUGACACAGACGUGUACAUCCUGGAUUUGGGCUUACAGAUCUACCAGUACAAUGGAGAGGGAGCCAAUAAAGACGAACGUGUCAGGGCAUUGCAGUAUGUGAACCAACUUAGAGAGGAGAGGAGUGGUAAAGCCGUGAAGGCAACAGUACUGGACCAGGUGGCAGGGAGUACAGGCGUUUUCUUCCGUUACCUUGACCAGACCGACAAUGAUGAAGACUUUGAUACGGAGACCAUUAUUGAUCAGGCAGACGACAACCCGGAACCGGAACUGUACAGACUGUCAGAUGCUGAAGGGGAUUUGAAAUUUUCUCUGGAGAAAACUGGUCCGGUUAAGCUCAAUGACUUUGAUGGAAAUGAUGUUUUCAUUUUCGACACAAAGCAGGAGCUAUUUGUAUGGGUUGGUAAAAUGACAACCGAUCAAGAAAGAAAAAACGCCAUGACAUACGCACAUAAUUAUUUAAAGAAGACGACUCAUCCACUGAUUCCUGUUAGCUGCCUUAACGAAGGAGCAAUGAACAAGUCCUUCCAGAUGGCACUGACUGCAUGAAAAGGACCAAAGAGCUUUAUCACAUGAGCUACGAAUCAAGAGUGGUGUCCACAGGUGCUCCUUGUGGUACUAAUUCCUUGAACAAACCGAUGUUUCGAUAAAUCAAAAUACUUAUUAAUUGUUAUGAUCAACAAUGUCUAAUAUUGGAAUCCCAUUUGACACUUUGUAAUGGUCACGAAUUUUAGUUAGAAACAGUUGUGUUAUCAGUUUUUCCGAAUCUUUCAUUAUAUUGAUUUAAUAUAAACACCUAUCAUAUUUUCCCCAAAUUAAUAAUUACAUGUAAAUAACAUGUGCAUGUGCCAUAUUAUCUUUUUCUUGCAACAUUUUUAUGCACACGUUUUAUGUUAUUCAAUACGAACAUAUACCGUUUGUCUUCCAUCUGUGUUACUUUUUUCAAAAAUCCUGAAUCGGUUCGAAAAUGCUUAAAUAACAGGAAUGUUGUAUCUUGUUAUAAUUGUUAAUAAUAUUCCAUGUUAUGUUUAUUUCCAGAUUUUAUUAUUCUUUGUUAGCCCUCCUAAUGGGUUUUCAGUCUUUGUAUGAUUUUUUUUUCACAUCAUACUCAUUGUGGUUUGUGGUAAAGUUAAAUUUUUACCUUGAUAAUCCAUAGUAGAGAUCACUGCUAAUUCACUGUUAAUUCAUAAAAAUAUAUACGGAUUCAUUUCAAUGAAAUUCCCCCCAGACCUUCUAUGCCAUUGUUUGUUCUAUCCUAUUUUGUCAUGUGUAUUGGACUUAGAACUUGAAUACUGUUCAUUUCCUCCAUAUAUUUGAUUUCUUGUUUGAUUAACUUGUUCUUGUUCUAUACUUCCAUAAGAAUUUGACAUAAAGAUAUUGAUAGCUCAGUUUUCUAUUCGUUUUCUUAAUAUAUGGUGUACAAUAAAGAUUAAGACAAAGAAGCCAAACUUUGGUGUUUGCAAAAGAAUAACUUCACAUGUUGUCAAGAUUUACAUUUACUUUUUUCUUGUGAAGAAAAAUAUCCUCUAAUUAUAAAAAAAAAAUAUCAGAGGUUCAGAUGAGAUAUAUGACCAUUGAUUUUUUCUUUUAAUUAUUGUACAGGUGUUUAUUAAUCCAUGUUAUUAUUAUUUUUAUGUUUUCUUUGUUAACAUUCACAUUAAAUCU